AUGAAGCGAAAGUCAAACAAGGAGGGCGAGAGAUCAAUCAUUCAACCACCGUUCAUCAUCGACCCACCCCACACGCUCACUGCUUCUUUUCUACAUAAGUCACUGUUAGAGGAGGAAAUGGUCAUGCGACUUUUGGCGCGUGGGGCCGGCUUCCAUAGUCAGAAGGAGAUGCCGGUCUUACGCGCUUUUGCAGUUUCGCAUUCUUUUGCUUCGGUUUUGCUUACCACCGCCAGUAAAGGCGC